AUGAAGGUUAGAGGUCUCCCAGGUGUCAAUAUCCGCAUUGCAACGACGCGUAACGACCCUUACGAGCGAGCAGGAUGGACCAAAGAUAAAGACAGAACAAUAAGGCGAGUGCGACGGUGGAGGGACGAGCAUGAGUGGUACGAUGGACGAGUGGAGGCAUUUGUCCUGUCACGGUCGUUCCUAGAAUUCGACCGUGAAGACGAUUAUAUGUGGGAGUGUACGGACAUCCUGGGCCGCGGGGCCUUUGGGAUGGUCGGCAAAUGGACCAAAUUUGACAAAAACGGCAGGGCUGUCGAUGAUAUUGCUAUCAAGCAAACUGUACUCGACGGCCGUGAGCUUGAUGAGGAAGGCAGACCAACUGUACCCACCGAGGCCGUGCUGGUGAAAGCGCUGGUGGAUCAAGGGUGUCGAAACGUUGCGAGACUGCGCGACAUGAGAUACUUUGACUGCGACCGACCCAAAUGGAGGCUGUACCUCGAAUACUACCGAUAUGGGACCUUGCAUGACCUGGUCCAGACCUACCGGCGGCGCAACAAACGGGGUAAUUAUGAUGAUCGGAUUCCAGAAGCCUUUAUAUGGCAAGCAUUCCACGACUUCGCCCAAGCGUGUUAUCACAUGAAGGUUCUUCGGCUGGAUAGCCUUGGAGGCAGCACGCCCCGGGGCGACCAUUUCGCUCUGCACCUGGACUUGAAGGGACAGAACGUUCUGCUGGGAGACGCGCCAGGAAACGAGAAGCUUAUGCCCUACCCGACGCUGAAAGUUGCCGACUGGGGCUGCGCUGAGUAUACGAGCCUUGACGAUGAGAGGAACAGCAAGAAAUGGAAGGGUAACGGGACGAUUUGUUGGAUGCCUCCGGAACAACGAGAAUUUGGUCGUUACGGCGAAGACUGGGAGCGGCGCAUCUUGGGAAAUCGAGACCACCCUUUCUCGAUGAAGCACGUCGUCUGGCAAAUCGGCGCCAACAUCUACGGGCUGAUGACCUUGGACUUGGACAACGACGACCUCAACGCGCGGGUCAACCAAGCCGAAGGGAUGGAACACAUGUUGCGGAAACACGACUACUCGCCCUUGAUGGGGUACCAGAGUCGAACUUACUCAUCCGAGUUGACCAGCCUGGUGGACGAUUGUGUGAGGGUGGAUCCCGCGAGGAGACCGAGUCCGUACGAGUUGGUACAGAGGACGCAGGAAGGCUUGGCGCGGUUUACGGACAGGUAUCGUAGGACGGGAGAACAUCCAAAGCUGAAGCUGUAG